GGUUGUGAUGCGUCCGUUCUAAUCAACUCGACCAGUACAAACCAAACAGAGAAAUCUGCAACGCCCAAUUUAUCCCUUCGAGGUUUUGGAUUCAUUGAUAGCAUCAAAAGCUUAGUGGAAAAAGAAUGCCCUGGUGUUGUUUCUUGUGCUGAUGUUCUGGCUUUAACUGCGAGAGAUGCAGUUGCAGUUGUUGGAGGUCCAUUUUGGCAUGUUCCUACUGGGAGGAGGGAUGGAUUGAUCUCCAAUGCUACAGAGGCCUUGAACAACAUUCCACCUCCAACUUCGAAUUUCACUUCUCUUCAGAAAUCAUUUGCUAAUAAAGGGCUUAAUCUUACCGAUCUGAUUCUUUUAUCAGGAGCCCACACAAUCGGAAUCUCUCACUGCUCAUCCUUCACCAAUCGCCUUUACAACUUCACCGGAAAAGGUGAUGAAGAUCCAUCUCUGGACAAGCUCUACGCCUCCAAUCUCAAGAAAUUUAAAUGCAAAUCUCCAAACGACAACAUAACCACAGUUGAAAUGGAUCCAGGAAGCUUCAGAACAUUCGAUCUUGGUUAUUAUAAGCUUCUGCUGAAACGCAGAGGUUUGUUUCAGUCUGAUGCAGCUCUAACCACCGUUUCCGCCAUUAAAGCUCAGAUCUUGAAGCUCUCUGAGGGUUCUCUUGAAGUAUUUUUUAAUGAUUUCGCUCGUUCGAUGGAGAAGAUGAAUAGGAUUGAGGUUAAGACGGGAACUGCGGGUGAAAUUAGAAAGAACUGUGCUGUUUUUAAUAGCUGAUUGAAUGCAGAUUUAGAGGUUUAUAAUUUGAAUUUUUAAUAUGCGUGCAAUGGAGUAACGGCUACAUUUGUG